AUGGCUCAUGUACAUUCUCUCGGAAAUCUGGAGUUGGGAUUAGAAAUCUCCGGGGGAGAUGUCAUCGUCGUUAUCGGGGGAGAUGACAACUACAAGGGAAACGAUGAAGAGAAUCGAGAGGUUAUUUCACGUUGGGCGAAGAGGAAAGUUGCCACACAGUUCGGCGAAGAGUAUCUUGAUGGUAGAAGGAGCUUCAUCUUUUCUUGGAACAAACAACAUAGACCGAUUCACGAACAUGCUCUACUGCAUCACUUUGAUCGAAACAAGAAAGGACAAAAGUUUGAAUAUAAUCCACCUCAGCGAAAGGAACCACCAAAGCCAGCGACGCCAUCGCCGAAAGAAAGAACGCUCCCUUCCUCACAAAGAAGUUGUUCCUCGUCAGUCGAACGACAGUCUGCAUCAAAAAUGCCAACGAAACAAGACAGUUCCCUGUAUCAGUAUGAAGUGUUUACUGGACCAAGGAAGGAUAGAGAAGAGCACACUUCUGCACACCCUCUCGAUAGUACAACUAUGAGCAGCAGUAUCUUGAGGGACAGGGAAAACACAGCAAUUAGCAGUGAUCCAGGAGCCAGAUCCAAGGAAAUGAUCCCUCCACAAAUUGGACAAACCAAAGAACUGGCGAUUUUUGGCUGUGACGUGUCACAAGAGUCCGUUAAGGAUGUAGAAAAUUUUUUUAAAAGUCUUCCAUCCAGCCUCCUUCACUGGUCAGAGGAUCCUUAUGUUGCCAACCUUCCAAUCACUAAAGUCGAAGAUUGCUUGAGGGAUUGUCACUUCAGAUUCUCGGUGUUAGUGGUGGAUGUUUUUACAGUUAGGGAUGGUUAUGACAAUCAAAGAUCAAGGGAAUUACAACGACUUGUUAGACUUGCAGUGGAUAAAGGGGUUGAAAAAGUCAUCAUCUUGCUUUGUAAUGGGCAAUCAACAAAGGGUGAAGUUACAUACAGUGUGUUCACUGAAGCAACCAGUAAAAUGGAUAAGGUGUCUGUUUUUGAGUUAAAUGACGGAAAGGUGAAGUUGGAUCCAUAUGAUUUUUUCGAAGUUGUGAUGUUACAGGAGAGAACUUCGUCACUUAAACAAGCGCAUGAAAGCGUUUACCCCUGUCACACAGAAUUAAGAAGAGACUAUCCUCCAUACGAUCCCUCAGAAAGGAAAAGCAUUUAUGAGAGAGGUGUUCAGAAUACCCCUCAGCCUGUACUGGCCACACAAUCAAAAGAAAACCCUUCUCCUGUUGUUUUACUGAGAGGUAUCGCUCGCUGCGGAAAGAUAUCUGAACGGCUGGGUGACCUUCAAAUAUGGGACUCUGAAUUUACGAUUUCAGAUGACUUCCAAAAGUGGCUGCUUGAAAAUUACAGGAACGAACCUGAGAUUGGAGUAAUAGUUAUCAAGUCCAUCAAUGACACACCUAAGUAUUACAUUCGUCCAAAUUUGAAAGAAUUUCUUUUGGACAAGGAAAUAUCCCUCAGACCCGAUGAAAACCUCGUACUGAAAACUC